UUGUGUGUGUGGCCGGCCCUGUGUAUGUGUGUUUACACACCGUGCUGAGAUAAAGCACUGUGGAUUCGAGGACUUAAGCUCAAGAGUAUGGUCCAACUGUCCACCUCAGUCUACCUGCUGGGAGGCCUUUUGGGCCUGUUUCUGCUAUCGCCUGUUCUGAUGGCCCCGACACCAGCCAGCAUGUGCACACCCUUGAGGACGAUCAACGACAGCCUCAGCCACAGGCGACGGUACAUGAAGCACAACUUCCCUAUCAACUACACCAUCAGGGUUCAUCAUAAGGAAAUCUUUAAACUGUCAGACAUCAACAGAAUGAGGUUACAGGUGGAGGGGUUGGAUGAGCUGGUUCUCCAGAGGUUGUGGUUCCAGGUCAACCAAGGCGUGUUAAAAAAGAUCAUCCGGGUUAUGCCAGAGAGACAUCCUUCACGUCCAUACACCACUGAGUUGGAAAGACGCUUUAGGGAUGCGGAGGGCGUCUUUGUACAGUCGCAUCCUGCUGAGGUGUUCCAGCAGGAGCUUCCAGAGACCAUCCAGGACACUUGGGAUCAUUUAACAGAAGAGCCAGACAGAGUGCCAGAGUCCAGCUGGCGAUUUGCUUCACCAAAGUUUCUCCUGGACACCUUCUGCCACACCAUGCACUGCCUCUUCAGCGAGUGCUUUGCCAGCACAGAAGCGCAGCAGGACUACUGUGGUGUUUCCAAUUGGAGGAAAGGCAGAUAGACGGACUUACAUCCUGAAAGCUGAGAAAAGGCCAGCGGGGUGAAGGUGUCCCUGUUGAUACUGAUGAUGGGGGAUUGGUAUCAUCAUAUCCCUUGAGCAAUAGAGAGAGGGGUAAAAGGACAAUCCACAUGGAAACAAGAAAGUUCAGGUCUGAUUUGUGAACAUCAAUAAGUCUUUCCCAAAUCUAUUAAAUAGAGCUAAGAUUGUCUUGAUGAUUUGAAGCAGACACAAACACUGUCCA